GGGCGCGAAGAUGCACACCACUCAGAAGGACACGACGUACACCAAGAUCUUCGUCGGGGGGCUGCCCUACCACACCACCGACGCCAGCCUGCGCAAAUACUUCGAGGUUUUCGGCGAGAUCGAAGAAGCGGUCGUCAUCACCGACCGGCAGACGGGCAAGUCCCGGGGCUACGGAUUUGUCACCAUGGCUGACCGGGCUGCUGCGGAAAGAGCCUGCAAGGAUCCCAACCCCAUCAUUGACGGCAGGAAAGCCAACGUGAAUCUGGCAUACUUGGGAGCAAAACCAAGGAUAAUGCAACCAGGUUUUGCCUUUGGUGUUCAACAACUUCAUCCAGCCCUUAUACAAAGACCUUUUGGGAUACCUGCCCACUAUGUCUACCCUCAGGCCUUCGUGCAGCCUGGAGUGGUCAUUCCGCACGUGCAGCCGACCGCAGCGGCGGCCUCCACCGCACCUUACAUUGAUUACACUGGAGCCGCGUACGCGCAGUACUCCGCCGCCGCAGCCGCUGCCGCCGCAGCAGCCGCCUACGACCAGUACCCCUACGCAGCCUCGCCAGCUGCGGCGGGCUACGUCACCGCGGGCGGCUACGGCUAUGCGGUGCAGCAGCCGCUGGCCGCCGCACCUGGGACAGCUGCAGCCGCCGCUGCUGCAGCCGCCGCUGCCGCCGCGUUUGGCCAGUACCAGCCUCAGCAACUGCAAACAGACCGAAUGCAGUAGACCAGCCAUCUGAUCGACGUUGAAUUGUUUUCUCUUUCCCUCCCGAUUUCCCGAUUUUUAGUAGCUAAUCAGAGUUAACAUUGACUUAAACAGCUUUAAAAAAAAAUGCUAUGCUGUUGUGAAGCAGAAUUAUUAUUAUUUUUAUACUCCAAUAGUGUUCUAGGUGAGAACCAGGUAAACGAGAGGGAAGUGGGCGCAGUUUUGGAAACUAAUCCCAAAGAGCCUGAGUAAAUGAAAGGCCGCUAGGAAAUGAUGGCAGGAGUAACUAUGGAACUUCACUUUUAUAAUGGGGUUUUUAUUUUUGCUCUUUUUAUAGUAUCAGGGAAGCAAACUGCCUUUACAAGUUAGAAAACGUUAUUUGAAUCUAGUUGAACCAGGGAAUACAGAGUGAGCAAUAUGUAGCUUGAAUUACAUUUAAAAGCAGAUUUAAAAAAAAAAUGGUGAAAGCACUGAUUGUCAUUUUUAAGUUGCUAUGGCCUAUAGAACUUUUUCAAGUAAGAAGGUGAUGUUCUUACUCUCUCAAAAAUGGGCAUCGAACAAUCAAUCUAGGAACGUGGCAGUGGGUGAAAUGGUGGACAGGCACCAAAGCUAUUUUCUCAUCUUACCCUGUGGAUGAGCUGGACUGUGGAACAAGUGAUGUGGAAUUGAAGGGUGCAACAGCUGUACAGACAAUCAGUAACACACACAGUUCUGGAAAGAACACAUCACUUGUGCUUGUUUGAUGAGCUUGUCACAUUCUAAUCCCUCUCCCCAUCCUGUUUCAAUUUUGGGAAACUUGUAUCUGCUGGUGUCAGCAAUUCUGAUUCUGAAAUAGGAUCAGGCUUUUACUACAACAGCCUUCUCUUUCUAUUUAUUGUGUCGACUUGUGGCUUAUGAUUAAAGGCAGGCAAAGUUUGCAGACUCUAAACCCUUAAGAAUUGUCUUAAGGACAUUUAUUUUUUCCCUUUUUGAAUAAUUUUACACUUUUUAGUAUCUAUUUCAGAGUCCUAUUUAAAACUAUUUAUUAGUGAAUACAGUACAUGAGACAACAGAGUUACUGAGAUUACAGUUCUUCAGAGGUAAUGAUAAUGUGGUUUAUACUGUGCCUUAAUAGUAUGCUAUUUAAGAUAUUUAUUUUUAAGUUUUACUAUGCUGCACUCUAAAGAAAGGAACUUUAGAUGUGACACUGUAAAAUUAUGUAUUCAUCUCAUGGCAUAAAUUAUUUAGUAGGUCUAGAUGUAGCAUAUUAAAUAUUAACCUUUUAAGCUGAAGAUGUUGAGUUGGAUUUAUUUAAAUUCAUAUGUGCACUGUAUAAGAGAGUACUCUUACAUUAACACAUUUUAGUUUAUUUUAGUUUUUAGGUUUUUAAAAACAGGAUAUAGUGCUAGUUUCAUGCUUCUCUAAUUUUUGCUUGUGUAGAUCUCAUUUAUUGGUACUUCAUUAGUAUAACACUAUUCUUAUGUAGUUUUUAAAUGCUGCUUUACAUUUUUCUUCUGAAACUGCAAUACUUGUAAUUUUUAUUCUUAAACUAAAUUGAAUACUAUUUUACACUGUAUUGGAUUUUUAUACUUGAACAAUUUCAUACAAGGGAAGACAGGUUAGCAUUUUUAUGGACUUUCUCCAUUAUCACUGGAUUUACUUUAAGUAUUCCCAUCCUAGACAGUGUUAUGUAAUGUAGACAUGACUCUCCUGUGCAGAUUAUUUAUUCAUUAUGUACAUUGCUUUAUAACAUUUCAGAUCUUCUAAUCUAUUCACUUGUAUUAAAUAUAAUUUUUAAAAAC